AAGACAUUGAGGUUAGGAAUAGGACUUGCGUAUUUUGAGACUUUAAAAUUAACUGUAAGUUAUAUUAAUUCUGUGUUUGAUUGGAGUAUGCUUGAUAUGCAUUUAUUGAUUUAUUCAUGCUAACAACUUUGGCACUAUUUGCAUUCCUGAGAUUAAAAUUAAUAGACAAAGGUCCAGCAACAAUGGACCCACUGACAGAUGGACCUAUAUCGGUGACUGAUAAUCCAAAAAAAGGGUUGGAAGAGAAUGACUCUUUGGAAGACACCUCUGAUAAAACCAGCAAUGGUGAAUCAAACUCUACACCACAGGUAACUGAAGGACACAGUGCUGUUGUUGCAGCCCAUUAUAAUGCUUUAGAAGAAAAAGGAUUAACUGAGAGGAAUAAAAGUCGAAUUGUACAUCUGAGGAACUUCAACAACUGGAUAAAAAGCAUGCUAAUAAAUGAGUACAUGGACUCUAUAAAACGCAACAAAAGCGUCGGUUCACCUGUCCGAGUGUUGGACAUGUGCUGCGGCAAAGGUGGCGACCUGUUGAAGUGGCGUAACACGGGUAUCACUCACUUGAUCUGUGCGGACAUCGCUGCAACCAGUGUGGACCAAUGUCGCGCGAGGUACGAUGACAUGCGUAACCGCAGGGACAACCGAUACAGCAACGGCUUCUCGGCUGAGUUUAUUGUGGCCGAUUGUACCAAGGAAAGGUUAAGAGAGCAGUACAAAGACGUUUCGCUACAACUAGACCUCGUCAGCUGUCAGUUCUCCUUCCACUACUCCUUCGAGAGUCUGCCACAAGCUGAGUGUAUGUUGAGGAAUGCCUCAGAAUGUCUGCGACCAGGUGGAUACUUCAUCGGAACCAUGCCCGAUGCCAACGAUAUCGUCACCCGCUACAGGACAGCUGGCUCCGCUUCUUUUGGAAACUCCGUUUACCAAAUUGAAUUUGAGAAGACUGACGAACCCUUCCCCCUAUUUGGAGCCAAGUAUGGAUUUACACUUUAUGAAGUAGUCAACUGCCCGGAGUUCUUGGUACAUUUUCCAACUUUUGAAAGGUUGGCAAGAAAAUAUGGUUUGGAGCUAGUAUCAAAAAGUAGAUUUGAAGAUUACUUCAAACAAAGUAAAGACAGAGGACGGAAUCUCUUAGGCAAAAUGCAAGCACUUGAGACGUAUCCACCGAAUGAAGGAGAAACGUUAGCUGGAGGAGAAGACGAGUAUAAGCAUGCAAAGGAGUUUAUAGAGAAGAACAAUGCGGAUCGAGUGGGAACGCUAUCUCAGUCGGAAUGGGAAGCAACUUCACUCUACAUGGUGUUUGCGUUUAAAAAACUGAAGGCAAUCUCCAUGGAUGAUACUGGUCGGCCAAUUUACGAAACAAAGGACCAAAGUCUGAACACUAAAGAGCCAGUAGAAGCUGUGAAAAGGCAAAACGAAGAAGAAGGUAGCUCCAAAGAACAUUGUCAAAAACGGAUGAAAAGCGACACAACAUGAUUUAUAAUCAACUCUUCGUCACUGUGGUAUCUUUCCUACUGCAUUUGCAGUGAAAAAUGUAAGGAUUAUCUCUUCACAAGAAACGCCAACAGCUUGUUUUCCUACAACAUUGCAUUCUUUAUAUUUUAGCAAUCGAAUGCAUGGAAUUUAUAAAAUGUUUGAAAUCAAAUGUAUAACUGAAAUGACACAUUAAUCAAAGUGUUAAAAUUGA